CAAAAAAAACAUCAGGAUAUAUAAAAUAUAUAUGUACAUAUAUGUGACGGCGUGCGGCGACGCGACCCGCGAGACGACAACGCGAAAUUUAAGAAACGUGCCACAUUAAAUAUUUAAUAUACUCCGAAAUCCGAUAGAGGCGCAGACUUUUAGGCUUCUCCUUACGGCCUCCUUGCAGGUCUCAGCCAUCAAUGUCAGCGAAGUGAAGCCUAGGAAGCGACGCCCUCUGCCCCAAGAUGUACGGCCUGCUCCUGGAGAAUCUCUCCGAGUACAUCAAGUCUGUGUAUGGCGAGGAGAAAUGGGAGGACAUCCGACGACAGGCGGGCAUCGAUUCGCCCUCCUUUAGCGUCCAUCAAGUCUAUCCCGAGAACUUGCUACAGAAGUUGGCCAAAAAGGCCCAACAGGUUCUGGGCGUCUCGGAACGGGAAUUCAUGGACCAAAUGGGCGUCUACUUUGUGGGCUUCGUGGGCCAGUAUGGAUACGACCGUGUCCUCUCCGUGCUGGGUCGCCACAUGCGCGACUUCCUCAACGGACUGGAUAACCUGCACGAGUACCUGAAGUUCUCGUACCCGCGGAUGCGAGCUCCCAGCUUCAUCUGUGAGAACGAGACAAAGCAGGGAUUGACCCUGCACUAUCGCUCCAAGCGCCGGGGAUUCGUCUACUACACAAUGGGGCAGAUCAGAGAGGUGGCGCGCUACUUCUACCACAAGGAGAUGCACAUUGAGCUGGUGCGGGAGGAAAUCCUCUUCGACACGGUCCACGUUACCUUUCAGCUUACCUUUGAUAAUCGGGCCUUCACCUUGGCCUCCCUGGCAAUGACGAGGGAGGAGAAGCAUCUGCCCAUCAGUGCCCAUGUGCUGUUCGAGAUCUUCCCAUUCUGCAUGGUUUUUGGAGCCGACAUGAUAGUGCGCAGUAUCGGGAACUCGUUGAUGGUUAUAUUGCCGGAACUCUUGGGCAAGAAAAUCACGGCCUGGUUCGAUCUAGUUCGGCCCCUGAUUGCAUUCAAAUUCCAGACUAUACUAAAUCGGACCAAUAAUAUUUUCGAAUUGGUCACGGUGGAUCCAGUUACGGAGAGAAUUGACGUCCAAAAUGAGGAUCUCCUUCUGCACGACGAUGGCAGUGAGCCGGAGAAGUCACUUAGGCUGAAAGGUCAAAUGGUAUAUAUGGAAAACUGGCGCAUGAUCAUGUUCCUGGGUACACCCGUAAUGCCGGAUUUAACCUCCCUGAUAACCACUGGUCUCUACAUCAACGAUCUGUCCAUGCACGACUUCAGCAGAGAUCUUAUGCUGGCGGGGACCCAGCAGUCGGUGGAACUGAAGUUGGCUCUGGAUCAGGAGCAGCAAAAGUCCAAGAAACUGGAGGAGUCCAUGAGACUGUUGGAUGAGGAGAUGCGACGUACUGAUGAGCUACUGUACCAGAUGAUACCCAAGCAGGUGGCAGAUCGGUUGAGACGAGGCGAGAAUCCCAUCGACACCUGUGAGAUGUUCGAUAGUGUCUCCAUUCUGUUCUCGGAUAUCGUGACUUUCACCGAAAUAUGCAGCCGCAUCACACCGAUGGAAGUGGUGUCCAUGCUAAACGCAAUGUACUCGAUCUUCGACAAGCUGACGGAGCGAAACUCGGUGUACAAGGUGGAGACAAUUGGCGACGCCUACAUGGUGGUGGCGGGUGCUCCCGACAAGGACGCCAACCACGCCGAGCGAGUCUGUGAUAUGGCCCUGGACAUGGUGGACGCGAUAACCGACCUCAAGGAUCCCUCAACUGGACAGCACUUGAGGAUACGUGUGGGCGUGCACUCGGGAGCCGUGGUGGCCGGAAUUGUUGGUUUAAAAAUGCCACGCUAUUGCCUAUUUGGCGAUACAGUUAACACCGCAUCGCGCAUGGAGUCCACCAGCAUUGCCAUGAAAGUGCACAUCUCAGAAUCGACGAAGGUACUGAUCGGUCCCUCCUACAAGAUCCUCGAGCGCGGCGAGAUCGAUGUGAAGGGCAAGGGCACCAUGGCCACUUACUGGCUGGAGGAGCGCGAGAACCGACUGCCUCUUCAAUUGACUGCCGCCCUUCAGGUUCAUCCAAUCUCCCCAGCUCCAGUGACCCCAACUCCCAAGGCCAUCAUGCCGUCGGUCCCGAAGCCAGUCACUCCGAAAAUUCCGGUGGCACCUGCGAUCCCGCCCGCUGGCGUACCGUCAGUGGAUGUGAUUGCUCCGACUACCACCAUGUCGGGCAUGGUGCUAACUGCUGCGGCAGCAGCUCACAUGACUCUGCACCAUCAGACGGUGGUUGCAGCAGGCCUUUCAGGAGGCACUUCAUCUUCAGCUGCUCCAGCUGGGGGCUCUGGAGUGUUGGCUGCAGCAGGAGGUUCCGAAGCUGGAGGUCCAGGAGUUGCAGCAGCAGUAUCAGGAAGCUCAGGAACACAAGCAGCCAUGCCAGAUGACCGCAACAGUCGAAUCUACUCUCCCGUGACCUUUAAGGACGUGGCUCGCCGCAGCAUCGCCAAUUCCCCGGUAAGGGGCAGUGCUGGGUAUGUCUAUCCGGACCAGGAGAAACGUCGCGAGUCCCGCUCCAAUUCCACGGGACAUGUUUUUAUGCGCUCGCCUUCUGAUAUUUUCGGCUCUCUCAUCCUGGACACCGAGGAGUUUCUCGAGGACUUGCAGAUCUCCAGGAGUUCGCUGGCAAACAAUAAUAACAACAAUCCGCCCGAAUGUGGCUUUAGUCCUACGCCGCCCUUUCGGAUUGGCAGUGCACCUCCCAAGCCGAGGCCUAGUAAUCCGGAUAAGUUUACGCCGGAAGAACUGGCCGCCAUGGAUCAGUUAACCCCUCCGUCAACGGCUCCGGCCAGGGAGACGGCCACCUGCAGCAGUGCGUCCAUGGAUCGCGAAAAGGCGGCGAAGCUCAAGAAAAUCACCUUCUCCAGCAGCAGUCUGGAUGCCACCACGCCCAAUGCGAUGGCUGCCGUUGUCUGUCCCAUGAGAUCCAAGUCGCCACCGCUUCCGCAGCAGCCGGUGGUGCCCGUGGUGCAGCAGGCCAGUACCAGUAAGGGCAACCCCAACCGGCCGGGAUCAAGGGAUUCGGUGUCGUCCAUUUCGCUGCACUCACCUCCUCCACAUCGAUCGCUCUCGGCUCCUGCCAGGCCCCAUUCCAUGUCAAAGGCAGCACGAAAGGCCUUCCUGGCUGCCAAACAGACCAAGGCCAUGGAGAAGCUGGAUAAGAUGAUCGAGGAGGUGCACGAGGUGGAGUCCCAGUCAGCGGCAAAAGCUGCCAACAUGCGACUGGCCAUCUUUGGCCAUGACCGGGGAGGUGGUGGAGAUCUGGCUGCCGGCGGCUGUCCGCUCUUCCUGCCACCACCACCGCCCCAGCAGCAGCAGAGGCUGAUGCCCAGCUCCAUAUCUGACUCCAGCAUCUGUAGUCAUGGGCACAGCCAUGCGCCUAGUUGCCAUCACUUGGAGCCUAAGCUGAACAACAGCCAGAGUUUCCAGCACUCGCCCCGCGGGGGAAUUACCCAUCAGUGCUGCAGUGGCUUCGGUCAUGGAAACGGACGCCACUCGCACCGGAUGCACUCAAACGCGUGUCGGAUUCUGUAGAGAGGACAACACUCGGGCCAGCACUCAACACUUUUAGGCCCGAAAAUCAACACAUCCAAAUCCAUAUCAUGUAUACCGAUUCUCUGCUCAAUGUUCUGCGUGCUUUGGUUUAGUGAUGAUAACUAGUCAGCAAUUAUUAGGAAUUAGUUAGUUGUUGAAUCUCAUAGUGUAAAGAAUAGAUAAAGGAUAUACCUAUAUAUACAUAUAUAUGUAUGUACAUAUACAUAUCUAUAUAAAUGAUUUUGUUUUAACGAAUUAUCCAACCAAAAACUAUAGCUAGUCAAGCUGGGCUUUACAAUUUUACCGAUCGAUGUCUAAAGAUGCUAAGAACUGUAUAAACUGUGUUUACGAGCUAUUGUUUACAAACAUACUUAAAUUAAUGUAUACAUUAAUCAAAAGAUUUCAAAAUUUAAUGACCUCUAAAAAUGACAAUACAAAAACGGGAAUAAAACUACAAAAACAAAGACAAGCACUAUAAACAUUAACCUUCAUGAAACCACCUGAGGCAGAGUUUGCUCACAAAAUAAACUAACUUAUUAUACCCACAUAUACAUAUGUAUUAUAUAAAAUUCUAUAUAUUUGUAGUAGCUUAAUGUUUAAGAAAUAGAUUUUAUGUGA